AUGGCCGCAUCCGAGGACGGCAGCAGCUGCCUUGUGUCGCGGGGCCGCUCGCAGAGUGACCCCAGCUUCCUCAGCGACUCUUCAGCCACCUCCACGGACGCCGGGGAGAACCCAGAUGAGAUGGACCAAACUCCCCCAGCACGCUCCGAGCCUCUCAUCUCAGGGAUUCGAACUCCCCCUGUGCGGAGGAACAGCAAGCUGGCCACCCUGGGCAGGAUCUUCAAACCAUGGAAAUGGAGGAAAAAGAAAAACGAGAAGCUGAAACAGACCACGUCAGCCCUGGAGAAGAAGAUGGCUGGCAGGCAUGGUCGGGAGGAGCUCAUCAAGCAGGGGCUUCUAGAGAUGAUGGAGCAAGAUGCUGAAAGUAAAGCAUGCAGUCCCAAUGAAGGCUCCCAACCUGUGCAGAGUGAGCCAUCCACUGCCGAGCAGGAGACACUGACCUCGGAUGGCAUCCAGCCUGGAAGUCCCUUGGCCAGUGGGACAGAUGAGGCCUCCCAGGCUGAGCUUCUGUCCUCCGAUGCCCAUCUGGAUGACACAGCCAAGACACCAACUGCGUCCAGUGCAGAAGGGGCAGAUGAUGGCAGCAUCCUGCCCACCUCUGAUGAGCUCUCUCAAGCCUUAGCUGGGUCUGACUCCCCGGACAGUCCUCCCAGACCCCUGGAGAGAUCUGCAAGCCAGCUUCCUAGCCCUCCACUGCUGCCCACUCCACCACCCAAGGCCAGCUGUAAAGCCACAAAAACUGUCACAGGGCAAGCUGCACUCUUCCAAGGCCCCAGCAUGAAGAGCAAUGAGCCGGCUCUCCGAGGACAGCUUGCCACUCCCACAGGAUCCCCUCAUCUCACCACUGUCCAUCGGCCACUGCCCCCCAGCCGUGUGAUUGAGGAGCUCCAUAGGGCACUGGCCACAAAGCACCGUCAGGACAGUUUUCAAGGACGGGAAUGCAGAGGGUCUCCAAAGAAACGCAUGGACGUGCGUCUGUCAAGGACGUCCAGCAUGGAGCGGGGCAAGGAGAGGGAGGAGAUGUGGAGCUUUGAUGGGGCCUCAGAGAACAAGCGGACUGCCGCCAAGGACUCGGAGGAGAACAAGGAGAAUCUGAUGCUGAGCUCUGAGCUCAAGGAUGACCUGCUUCUGUAUCAGGAUGAGGAGGCACUCAACGACUCCAUCAUCUCCGGAACAUUGCCAAGGAAAUGCAAGAAGGAGCUGCUGGCUGUGAAGCUGAGGAACCGGCCGAGCAAGCAGGAGCUAGAGGACCGGAACAUCUUCCCCAGGAGGACUGAUGAGGAGAGGCAGGAGAUCCGACAGCAGAUAGAAAUGAAGCUCUCCAAAAGGCUGAGCCAGAGACCAGCUGUGGAGGAGCUGGAGAGAAGAAAUAUCCUGAAACAAAGGAAUGAUCAGACAGAGCAAGAAGAAAGGAGAGAAAUCAAGCAAAGACUAACAAGAAAGCUUAAUCAGAGACCCACUGUUGAUGAAUUGAGAGACAGAAAAAUUCUGAUCCGCUUCAGUGACUAUGUGGAAGUAGCAAGAGCGCAGGACUAUGACAGGAGGGCAGACAAACCCUGGACAAGACUGUCAGCAGCAGAUAAGGCAGCAAUUCGUAAAGAAUUAAAUGAGUAUAAAAGUAAUGAAAUGGAGGUACACGCAUCCAGCAAGCACUUGACAAGGUAA